AUGAGUAACAAUAAACAGUAUUUCGAACUAGGCACUAGCGAAACACUCUCGAGUUCCUGUAAAAAUUUACAUGAGCAGAUCGACAUUCAUUGCGAUGGAGAGACCAUUGACUUAGGACAAGAGUCAUCUCUUGAGGGUAUUGCUAUUCUCAAUAUCCAUUCGAUCUAUGGCGGAAGCAACUUAUGGGGUAGAAGUAGGAAAGGAAAGAUUUCGCGCUUUAAUCACCUCGAAAGCGCAGCUCUUGGUCAUUACUGA